AUGCCAUUCCGUCAGGCUCCAGUAGGACUCUUUAGUCCAUUGACCGCUGCGGAGAUAGUGGAACUUAAUACAGUUAUCCACCCACCUGUUCCUAUUCCACCAUAUGUACCACUCCGCGUCCAAGUCGCUCCGGAUAAUCUUGGUCAGGGAGGAAAAGUCACUACACGAGAUGAAGUUCUGGUCAUUGCUGGUUGGGGUGGGCCUGGAUACGCCGGAGUACCUGGGAACCCUAUUCCCCCUGGUCCAUGGUGGAUACCCACAGCAUAUGCAGUAAACAAAUAUCUUCGAUUGCUUUGCGAAAGAGUGAACUCUCUCUGUCCUCGCCCGGCAAAUGAUGUAAAUGACAUCCCCUACUGUGCAUUUAUCGGGGCAGAGCUUUGGAUGCCACCUCCAGGAACGUAUCCCGCACAAACCAUUCGUGACCCGGCCGCAUGGGAUGUACUAACUCAGACGGUCUAUAAUACAUCAGGGUUGUUUAUGGCGGUUCAAGGGGGAAUGUUGAACGGUCUCUUUCGAGUUACUCCUAGGAUGCUACAUUCUCACGAAACCGCAAGAUCUAGAACGCUCGCUGCUCAGGCAUCUCAUAUAUUUAUGCAAGUGGUAGAUGAUCGAUUUGGACCAGGAUUAAGGCAUCACACACUGAUAGUAAUUUCACCUAAACGGAAAACCAUCGAUUAUUUGGAUGACUACAACGGACUUCAAUCUACUGGGCCGGAUCUCGUUCCCCCACUUCCACGACACUAUAUUGUUGAGCAAAAGCUUAUCGGUCAUAUCUUGAACUUCCUUUCAUCCUACAUGGGAGGUACUUCAAUAAGUGGAAACGAAUUUAACCCAAAACAUUGGAUGAUGCGAACCAAUGCAUCAGCUCAGAAUCCGGUUCCUGGACCUGCAGCUGUCAUAGAUGCACAAAACAGUGCUGCAAUGGUCUGUCAUAAUGCUCUCAUGAUCGCAAUGGGGUAUCGCCUCGAUUUUUUCAGACACAUUCCUGCUGGCAUGACUCAAGCUCAGAUGAUCGCUAAUCGCCGCGGCCAGAUUGCUCUCGAGCUCCAUCGUGGCCAGUUGGCUGUCGCCCCAAGUCGACAAUACAUAGCACCCAUGUGGCCGGAGCAAAGCGACAAUUUUCGAUACACGAGCGGAUCUACACAAUACAAAAAUCUCAUUGCCAAGCACUGCAAUUACGGAGUCGUGGAAGAGCUGUCCCGUCGCGAUCGCGCGAGAUGGUAUCGAGGUGUGCCCCCCAAAAUCGAUUUUGAUAUCGGUCGCAGGAUAACGAAGCCUAAUCUCAUUCUUUACGGUCUUGCGAGAGGAAUCCCCAUACACAACAUGCGGUACGCUUCAUGGGGUCCGUUGCGGAAUAUCAUUGAAAAGUUCGAUUACAUGGCAAGAACGCAGGCUAAUGGUAACCCGGCUAAUAACCCUCCUUCUUAUUGA